AUUACUUGGGCAAUGCAGCGCGACGAUGGCUUUGUCUAUUGUUACGGAAACUUGUACAGCCUCCUGCUCUACUGGGGAUUGGUCACAAUCCGGGUGAGAAGUCCUGAUCGUGGAGGAGCGGUCUCAAACAGGUGGACUGUGUGCUACGCCCUGUUCGCGCGCUUCUUUAUGGUCAUCUGCUUUAUGGCUAGCGUGAUGACUAAGCUGAGGGAUCCCGAGAUGUCCGCUGCCAUGUUUGGACACCUCAGCCCGUUGGUCAAGGCGAUAUUCACCUGGGAGUGCCUCAGUUGCUCAAUCACCUACAUUGAGUACUGCCUUUCGCUGGACUCGCAGAGGAACAGACACUUGAAACUCCUGGCUAGGAUGCAAGAGUUCGAUCAGUCCGUUUUGGUGGUGUUCCCUCAUGUUCAGUGGAACUAUCGACGCGCUCGCUUGAAGUAUUGGUAUGGCACUCUGAUUGUCGGCUUUUGCUUUCUCUCCUUUUCCGUCUCACUGAUCUUCGAUACGACGCGUUGCACAUGCGGCAUACUGUCCACCAUGCUGAUGGCCUUCACCUACACCUUGCUGACCAGUUCCGUAGGAUUGCUGGGUUUCGUGCACAUAGCUAUCAUGGACUUUAUAAGGGUUCGUCUGCGUCUGGUGCAGCAGUUGCUUCAACAACUUUACCAAGCGGAUGACAGUUCAGAGGUGCACGAAAGGAUUGCUUAUCUUUUCGAAAUGUCCAAGCGCUGUUCGUUCCUCCUGGCGGAGUUAAAUGGAGUUUUUGGAUUCGCCGCAGCUGAUGGUAUCUUUUACGAUUUCACUAUCAUGACCUGCUUCGUGUACGUCAUCUGCCAAAAGCUGCUGGAGAGAGAGCCCUGGGAUCCCGAGUACGCCUUCAUGUUGCUGCACGUGGCCAUACACACCUACAAAGUGGUCAUCACUAGCACCUAUGGGUAUUUACUUCUGCGGGAGAAGCGCAACUGUAUGCAUUUGUUGAGCCAGUACUCCCGAUACUUCUCCGGACAGGAUGUGGCUCGCCGGCAAACGGAGGACUUUCAGCAUUGGCGCAUGCACAAUCGGCAGGCGGCAAUGGUGGGCAGCACAACUUUGCUCAGUGUUUCUACCAUCUACCUGGUGUACAACGGUAUGGCCAACUAUGUGAUUAUCCUGGUGCAGCUGCUAUUUCAGCAACAGCAAAUUAAGGAUCACCAGUUGACAUCGAGCAAAGAUGUGGACAUUGUGGGCCCAAUGGGACCCAUUACUCACUUGGAUUAAAAUAGUUGCAAUUGCUUUGAAAAAGAUUAGCUUAUCU